GGCUUCGUUGCUCACCGUUAAUUAAUCGAUUUGUAAACAAGCACAACACUCUUUGGGACGUGUAACUGCCUAAAGGGGAGGUCUGUGUAAAUCACCUGAGAUGGAAAAUACCAAACACCCUGCCAUUCUCGAGGACUACUGAGGGAGGGGUGAUCCUGACGUCGUGGGAUCAGUUGAUUGACUGAACCGAUCAGAACGGACGCCGUCUUCCAGGUCUGUCCAAGCAGGCGCCUUCCCCUGGACCUGCUCGAUGGUAGCACGGCCGGGACACGAUGGAAAUCAGCCUCUUGCGGCGCUGAAGCAUGAGUCUUAAGCCCCGGAACAGAAGAUUCACACCCCCACCCCCCCAUGACCCGCCCGGCGCCUUGCCCAUCUCCGCCUUGCCCUAACUGCCUGCAUCGCCGAGAUUUCAUGCCAAGGGCACGGACCUGUUGCGGGAAAUAACGUUGUAUUUAUCCCAUGCCGCUUCUGGGCACCCGUUUCGAAGCGGCCGACCUGAGCGCGGAGAGAGGCCGUCGGCUCUAGGACCUGCCCGUCCGCAGGGCGCCCGCUUCUGCAGCACGGUCGCCCUCACUCCCUGCGCACUGUGAUUGGGUGGAAGAUGGCGCUGGGCGGAUGGAAAUCCUAAUGACAGUUUCCAAAAUCGCCUCCAUUUGUACCAUGGGCGCCAAUGCCUCUGCUUUGGAAAAAGAGAUUGGCCCAGAGCAGUUCCCCGUCAACGAGCACUACUUCGGCUUAGUCAACUUCGGGAACACGUGCUACUGCAACUCUGUCCUGCAAGCGCUCUAUUUCUGCCGGCCGUUCCGGGAGAAGGUCCUGGCGUACAAGAGCCAGCCCCGUCGGAAGGAGAGUCUGCUGACCUGCCUGGCCGACCUCUUCCACAGCAUCGCCACCCAGAAGAAGAAAGUGGGGGUCAUCCCCCCGAAGAAGUUCAUCACCCGGCUGCGCAAGGAGAACGAGCUUUUUGAUAACUACAUGCAGCAGGAUGCCCACGAGUUCCUCAACUACCUGCUGAACACCAUCGCGGACCUGCUGCAGGAUGAGAGGAAGCAGGAGAAGCAGAACGGCCGCCUGCCCAACGGCACCCUGGACGCGCAGAACAACAACGCCCCGCCCCAGCCCACCUGGGUGCACGAGAUCUUCCAGGGCACGCUCACCAACGAGACGCGCUGCCUCACCUGCGAGACUAUCAGCAGUAAGGAUGAAGAUUUUUUAGACCUCUCUGUGGAUGUAGAGCAAAACACAUCAAUCACUCAUUGCUUAAGGGGCUUCAGUAACACGGAGACCCUGUGCAGCGAGUACAAAUACUACUGUGAGGAGUGCCGCAGCAAACAGGAGGCGCACAAGAGGAUGAAGGUGAAGAAGCUGCCCAUGAUCCUGGCUCUGCACCUGAAGAGGUUCAAGUACAUGGACCAGCUGCACCGCUACACCAAGCUGUCCUACCGCGUGGUGUUCCCCCUGGAGCUGCGGCUCUUCAACACCUCCGGCGACGCCACCAACCCCGAGCGGCUCUACGACCUGGUGGCGGUGGUGGUGCACUGCGGCAGCGGCCCCAACCGAGGACAUUAUAUCGCAAUUGUGAAAAGUCACGAUUUCUGGUUGCUGUUCGACGAUGAUAUUGUGGAGAAGAUCGACGCUCAGGCCAUCGAGGAGUUCUACGGGCUCACCUCGGAGAUCUCCAAGAACUCGGAGUCGGGGUACAUCCUGUUCUACCAGUCGCGGGACUGAGGGGAGCCGGACCGGGACCUCCCCAGCUGCGCGGGGGCUUUGUGGGCGCCCUGUGCAGAGUGUGGCAUUGGCACAGGGGGUGGGCGGGCCCAGGCUGGGGCUGCAGGGCACCUCCCGGUGGCUAACACUCUGACACACAGGAUCCUAGGGUUACUUGCUCAGGUAUUGCGGCCUCUGGCAGAGCUCCAACUUGACUGUGCAUUGGCUCAGAACACACACACGCACACCUGCAGACCGACGCAGUCAUGCAGAGCACGUCACUUUCCUCUCCGGAGCCUAUUUCUGAAUUUCCUGACACCUCCUGGUCGUGCUUAUUUUUAUGUGGGCAUUUUGUUUUUGGAAGGAGAGAGAAACAUUCAGGUUGUGCGAAGGGGAGCGAAGGUGUCAUCUUUUUUUUCUACAUUUGGGACUCUUGUAAAGAUUGCUCAUCUUGUUAUAAUAUAGGAACAUCAGUGUCUGAGGACGCUGCUGCAGUGAUCUUGUGUUGUUCGAACAAAUCAGUUCCUGGUGUUGGGUCGUUAAUGUCGUUAGUACUGCAUGCUAGGGAGUGAGCUGUGAGGAACCCAUUUUGUCGAUUUCAGUCGAAGUAGAAUUCCAAUUCUAUCUUUUACAUGGCUAUGUUUGAGAACGCUUAGCCAUCAGUCGUCUUUUUCUGUUUUGUUUUUAAUUUUUCACUUAAGCGAAAUGGGUUUAUAGAGGAGGCAUCCCAUCUCAGUUUCUAUUAAUGAGUGGUAGCAGACGAAGAUCUGUCAUUAUGAUGGUGAGAGAGUGAUGACCUGGGUCGUCUUUUGCAUUUGAAGGGUAUUUUCUAUUGCUCCACGGGGCAUUUCUGGGGCAAAGAUUGAAUUGAUUUCACUGGACACGUGUGUUCGCUCUGAUCUGAAAGAGUGUCUUCAGUUCUCUGUUCUUAGGGGCAGGGUGUGUGCGAUUCCCUGUGGCCCCAUACACCUUGGGCUCGGGGUAUUUCUUUUUCUCCUCUUUUGAUUCUGAAAAGAGUGUGGGAGGAUAGGUGAUGCAUUUCGGUUGUCUGGCAGAGAUGAUAAAGAUGCAGGGAGGAGGAGGGGAGUGGUAUCGGUCACUUUCAAGUGCAAGAACAGAGAGAUCAGCCCCUCCGGGUGCUAUCUGUGCAGGACCCUCUUGUGAAAUUCCGGCCCAUGUGUCGGGAGCGCUGGUCUCCGAAUGUAGGCAGAAUGGCUGUGAUGCACAGCUCUGGCUCCGCUCUGUUGUUCCCUCUUACUGUCCUGCCUGGACUGUUAUCAUUGCACCCCUCAUCCGCGGCCACUGUUUCCACGACUCCUGGACAAUCAUGGGAAAAUGAGCAAAAUGAAUGGGAAAUCUAACCAGGCCAGUGAACACUGUUGACCUUUGUGCACUGAACCCACUGCCAAAUGUGUUGCAAGUUUAAAAAAAAAAAAACACAAAACAGGCCAAAUGUGCUAAAAUGCCCUGGACAAAGCCAUGACUUGAGCAGCUGUGAAAAUCCUGCCAGGGACAGUCAAAAAUGUCUGUGGCGCGGACUCCGGUGCAGGUCUUUCUCCCAGACAGCUGUUUCAUUGGUUUAGCUUACAGGUGCACAACUCAAGUCCUCCAGGGCCAGAAUCCAACAGGUUCUGUAGAUCUCUUUUAAUUAGCAACAGUACAGCAAAAUGUCCGUUUGUCCGUUAGUGCUGGAAUGACCAGCUUGGUUAGGUGACGCAGAGUUAGAAUAAGAACCCUGUGCCCCUCCAGGUCUGGAGUCGUACACGACUGAUCUAGGCAGUGAAGUGUUGGCUAAUGGGGCUGGAGGUAUGGCGGUAGAAGAGUCCUGCAGUGGAGUGGAUAGUAAGGUCUGGUGUUGAACUCGCAUGGCUGUACAGGGUUACGAAAUGCCUCUGUAACGUUUUGCCAAAAGAGGACUCAAGGAAACUGCUCAGGGACGAGCAGUGAAGUGCGGCCUUUAUUUGGCAUUUCUGUUCUUCUGCAGUCAGCCUUUCCAGGCUGUACUGGAGAUACCCGUCUGUUGUGGUUUUCUGUCGGUUGAUUUUUGGAGGAAGGUUUCGUGCUCCACACCUCUCUUCUACAGCACGCUGAGGGUCCCACCCCUGACCUGCCCGUUACCUUCCAGGGUCAAGGGCCAUCAGCAGAAUGGGAGCUGAUCAGAAUGUAUGUGUAGCAGGUUUGGUCUUGUACUGGUUCACCUCUUUGUCCAGCCACCGAGAGGACAAGUUCUUUUUUUUAUUUUGUUACUCCUGCCCGGGUAGGCUUCCCCCUAUAGGUGUGGAAGUGUUUACUGCAGAUCUCUUAACACUAACUUGUAUUCUCUGAUCUGAAGUUCACAGUUGCUUGGGCAACUACUGACUGCUAGGGCAUUAUCCUUACCAGAUUCUUGUGAACAGACACUAACUCUAGGUCUGGAUAAUCAAAUCAUGCUGGGAAACCCGAGUCUCCAGUGCUUUGUGUGCAUUUUUUUAAUCCUUUUUCAGGUUUUUGUAAGCUGACAGCAGGCUCUGUAUACUUCAUGUUUAUGAUCUUGCACGGGGUGAAAUUGCACAGACAGAUGUCCAGAGGUAAAAUAAUAUUAAGUCUGUUGCUCUAAUUCAGAUGUUGCAUUUCUGUAAGAGCCAGUUUCUCAUUAAACUUGCCUUACAGUGGGAUUCUUGUCCAUUUCCCCGUGAACCACAAAAUGGAUGUACUUUGUCACAACCAGCUUCUUUUAAUCAUUUAAUUAAAUCAGCCAGUGCGAUUAAUUAAAGUAAUUGCAGAGGUCUGUUCUGGGCUCUGCUGCUUUGAGUUGACGAUUGUGUGAUUUCAAGUGGCCUGGCUUCAGGAUAUCCUGUGUCUGUUAUUGUUAUAUUUUUUUAAAAUUGCCGUAAGUGAGUCUUAAUAAUUAAUAAUGCCCUGAGUGGAGGUGGAGUGCUACAUUUCCUUUUUCAUUUUGGUUGCCAAACUCCAGUGCGCCAGCAGUUAAUCUAUAAACAACCAUCAUCUGUGAUGAAUCUUAGUGGAGAGUGUUGCGCUGUUUUGUGGGUGAGAGGGUGUCACACUUGGGUUUGAGGUUGUUGAUGCUUAUUUAAAGUGAAUUACUGUGCCACUGAGAGAAUUUGUUAGGUGUUGGAUUUUCUUUACCUUUGCUGUGACCUUUCCCUGAACUUUGACCUCUGCAUAUCCCCCCCCUGAUUGGUCACUCAGUCUGAGCUGGGUAGCUUGAUUGGCUGUUGAUGAGGGAACAAGAUUUUCAGCUUGUUGUGUAUUCUGUAUAUGUUUGUUUUGGGUGGGGGGCACAUGUCCCUAAUUUUGUAAAUCUGGGUUACGUAUUUCUACAAGAGAUAAUGUAUGUUAUUUGUUAACAUACCAGAUGUAUAAAUCUUAAAAAUAUUAAAUAUUAAUAAAGACAAUAAAAUGUAAUCUAAAUUAUACAAUGUUGCACUUUUGAUACAGAUUUAUAGGUGUUGGCGGGCGUAUUUAAGGGUUUGCUUGAGACAGCCUGUUGUGAAAUGAUCAUUUUCUGUUAUAAAGAAAAAUAAAAAUACAGUACAGGCAA